GAGCUACCUCUAUAUGUACAAACGAUUGCUGUCGGCGCGUUCCCACACCCAUCUUUUAAGCUUCCUGUUGAAUGCUUUUUAUUGUAGUAGCUACCGAGGGUGGCGUACUAUGAACCGCCGCAUUGCCAUCUUUGCUCUUCAGCACCGCGGCUGCUCCUACGGUUUCCACCGGCAAAGCAAACAAGUACCUUACAAGCAAGAAGCACAUGCGAACGUGGUAGGCACUGACGUGACAACUCAUCGAGCAACAGUUUACCGGAUUUGACGAUAACAGCGGAGGACAGUCGAGAUAAGACAUGUUUGGUGUAAACUCAAUUCAACUGAAGAGACAGAAGAAGGGUACCGCAUCAACCGAGGUAUCAUCGCUGCCCACUUCCUCCAACGACAGCUCUUGUCGCCCCAUCAACAGAACAAACAAACCCCUGAACAAAACAAAGGGGAAAAAAACAGAAGAACAAAAAGCAACCAACCCCUCCCUCCCCGGACGGAUCACGAAAAGGGCAUACUUGCAGCAUAUCCACUCUAUAUACACCAUUCUAACCAUGUCCCACCUACCCCCCUCCGCGCCCGUGAUCUUCUCCCCCUCCGUUGCCCGCGCCGCCGCCUCCGCCGCCAAAGACUGGUCCUACGUCGACUCCUGGCUGCUUUCCAAAUAUGCCCCACUACAUCUCAAAGUGCCUGCCUUUGAGCGAAACCCGGACACCCUCAAGGCACUCCUGGCCCUAGCCGCCGCCAACGAAGCAGCCGAUGAUUCUCGCCAGCAGAUCGCCGACUUGGAAUCUGCCACUCUGGCGAAGCUAAACACCAGCACCAGCAACACCAACACCAACACCAGCAACACCCAAGACCCCUCUCCCUCUCCCUCAACGACCGAGACUUACCAAGAAGCAAAACAAUCCAUCCUCACCGCCCUCUCCGCCUCCCUCACCCGCUCCGGCAAAGAAUCCCUAACCACCCUCUCCCACCUCUCCCAAACCCUCUCCCUCCCCCCUUCCCAAGCCGACCCCCUCCACCUCGCAUCCUCUCUCCUCUCCCUAUCAACCGAGCUCAACAAUCUCGAACAGGCACAACAGCGGCUGGACUUGCUCAGCUCGCACAUCACCCGCGCCACAGCCUCCAUCGAGAAGCUACUGAUUCACCUGCGGAGGGACCCCGGUUACAGCCCGGCUGCCGGCUUGGCCAAGGAGAACCUGGAGGUGCAGCGACGGAUCAAGACGCUGGCGGGACAGACGUUGCCGCAGUUGAGGGAGAGGGUGGCGAACUUGGCGAGUGCUGUUGCGGGAAGUGAUAGUGGUGCUGGCGAGGAGGGAGGCAUGGUGACGGUUGAGCAAGUACGGAGGGAACAGGAGGCUUAUUUGGAGUUGUUGAGGCGGAAGCAAGAAUUGAAUGUUCAGCUCCAGGCGUUUCAAGGGUUGCCGCCUGAUACUGAGCAAGCGAGACGGGAGCUGGAGGGGUUGAGGGAGGAGCUGAGAUCACUGACGAGCAGGAGGGAUGAGGCGUUCGAAGGAUUGGUCGAAGGGGGUUUAUCGCCGGAAAAAAGAGACCGGUAGUAGGGGAUGAUUGGAAACUCGCGACAGUAACC